AAAAAAAAAGAAAAAGAAAUGUAGUCCUCAUUUACCAUCAUCUACUGGUUCUUAGAAACUGUGAUUUUAAGAAAAACAAUGUACAGCAAGUCCUUAAGUAAACAUCCUUUUGUUAAAAUGAUGAAAAAAAAAUUGGUUUCAUUGUAUGUCAUCAUGCUUAGUUGCCACUUCCAACAACCUAUCAAUGAUGUUAAGUGAAGACUUACUGUCUAAUUGUCCAAUCUGCUAAAAACCAGGUAAUAACCUUUAAUACCAACUGUGGUUUAUUUUUGAAGCAGACAUAUGAACAGGUAGUUAAAAUGCAAUGUGAUAUUUGUUGUACUAGAAGGAUGUUCAGGGCGCUGCAGGAACCCAGAAGAGGGACUAAUUAACUCAUCCUGGGGGAAAUUAACCCUGCUUCUCAAAGGUGGAACAUUUGAACAGGUAUGAAAGGAUGAAUAGGAGUUUAUCUCAAAAGGAGAGGGGCAAGAAAGAGUAUUUCAGAAGAGGAAACAGCAUUUCUUACAGACAGAGAAUCAUGCAAAAGUUUGGUGUAUCAAGAGACAGCAGAGAUAUUGGGCAUGGCAAAAACACAGGGUGUAUGGCAGGUGAAGUUAAUGAUGAAACUAGAGAGAGACAAGGUCAAUUUGCAAAGGGCCUUGAAUGCCAAGCUGAGGACUCUGGCUUUAAGGUCAAGGGAGCAGAGAAUGUGUGAUGAGACCUUGUCUGACCUGUUCAGUUCUCUUUUUUCAUUCUGCUUAUGAGGCUAUGUUAUGAUGACUGAUGUUUGGGCAUCUGAUACCAGGGAAGUCUGUGGAAGUCAUUUUCAACAAUUAGAGCAGCAUUUCUGUCCUGGGCGCAGAUGAGGAGGUCUCCCUAGGGUAAGCCAAGUGGAAGAGAGGGACAGUCCCCUUAUUUCCCUGGAUAAUGUCACCUGUGGAGAGCAUCCUUUUCCACCUCUGGCCAUUGUUCUUGACAGGCAGGAGAAUAAGCAGGACAUUCCAGAUGCAGUCUUGUCAUUAACACCCAUGGUUCCACAAAGAAUCAGAAAAGUUUUCUCUUUUUUUUUUGGUGGGGUAGGGGAGUAUUAAACUAUUAUUUUUCAUGAUUUUGUGGAUUUGGAUUUUCCCAGGACAUAUCAGUUACCUUUUACUAGAUAACAAGCCGCUUUUAAACUUGGUAUUUAAAGCAACUAAACUUUAUUUAGUUUGUGAUUCUACAGUUUGGUUGCUUGGGCUGGGAUUCUCUGGGUGAUUCUUCUGGUUUGGCCUGGGCUUAGCUAAUUAUGUCUAUGUUCACUCUUGUGUCUGUUUUCAGCUAGUGGGUUAGUUGGGGCUAGCUGGUCUAUGAUGGCCUCAGGUGGAAUGCCUGAGACAACUGAGAUCUCUCUCUGCAUGAUCUCUCAUCUUCCAGCAAUCUCAACGCCAGGUUAGCUUUUUCACAUGGCAGUCUUAGAGUUCUAAAAACAAGAGGAGAAUUAUAUAAGGCCACUUGAGGUCUAGGCUUGGAGAACUUGUCACUUUUGCUACAUUUUGUUGGUCAAAGAAAAUAAUGAGGUAAGCUUAGAUUCAAAUGGUGAAGGGUCCUACCUUUUUUAAAAAUUAAAAAACUCGUCACUGACUUGAAGCUCAUGGAGAGUCUUACCUUUUGAUGGUAGGAUUGGAAGGGUAUGGAUGAGGGAGGGGAAGAAUUUGUGGCCAUUUUUUUAAUCUACCACUCAAACUAACUUUCAUCACCAGAGAGAGUUGAUAAUUGAGUUUAUUGCCUUACUAUGAAUAAAAUAUGAGGAAUCUUUUGAAUCCAAAGUCAUGGAGGAUCAUGUGAUUUCUGAAGUUUUAUCUAAUUUAAUCUGCAUAGCAACUCUUAUUUUCCCUUUCUAUUUUAUAUAUGAAGAACCCGGGGCACAGAGCAAUUAAGUGAGAUAGUGUCUUGCCCAGGCUGGUAAGCCUGGUCUUUGGACUUAUUUGUCUGACUGUAACUCUGGAGUAACUGCUGUCAUAUCAUUGUUUCCUAUCUUGAAGAGAUGAGACAGGGGAGAUUGUAGUGGUACUGCUGCAUUCACUGCCAUAGCCAUCCCCUUUCAGAUCACCCUCAUCCCUGGACACAGAGCUCAUCUCCUGUCCUGGGUGUAAACGAGUACAUCUUACCAAGGAUGUAACUGAACAUUUUUUUCUGCAGUGUGUUCCUACUGAGCAACCCAAGAUGGCCAGGAACUGCUCCGAAUGCAAGGAGAAGAGGGCAGCACAUAUCCUCUGCACCUACUGCAAUCGCUGGCUCUGUAGCUCUUGCACAGAGGAACACCGACACAGCCCUGUCCCCGGGGGCCCGUUCUUUCCUCGGGCCCAAAAAGGAUCUCCAGGAGUGAAUGGUGGUUCUGGAGACUUCAUCUUGUACUGUCCUCUACACACACAGGAAGUGCUCAAGCUAUUCUGCGAGACAUGUGAUAUGCUCACAUGCCAUAGCUGCCUAAUGGUGGAACACAAAGAACACAGGUGCAGACAUGUUGAAGAAGUUUUGCAAAACCAGAGGAUGCUUCUGGAAAGUGUGACUACACAGGUGGCACAUAAGAAAUCCAGUCUACAGACAUCUGCAAAGCAAAUUGAAGACAGGAUUUUUGAGGUGAAGCAUCAGCAUAGGAAGGUGGAAAACCAGAUCAAAAUGGCCAAGAUGGUUCUGAUGAAUGAGCUGAACAAACAGGCCAAUGGGCUUAUAGAGGAAUUGGAGGGCAUUACUAAUGAGAGAAAGCAGAAGCUGGAACAGCAGUUACAGAGCAUCAUGGUUCUCAACCGUCAGUUUGAGCAUGUGCAGAAUUUCAUCAACUGGGCUGUCUGCAGCAAAACCAGUGUCCCUUUUCUUUUCAGCAAAGAGCUGAUUGUGUUUCAGAUGCAGCGAUUGCUGGAGACAAGUUGUAACACAGAUCCUGGCUCCCCUUGGAGUAUCAGAUUCACCUGGGAGCCUAACUUCUGGACCAAGCAGCUAGCUUCUCUUGGCCGCAUAACUACUGAAGGCGGACAACUGCCCCGGGCAGAUGCUCCUGCUUAUGGAGGCUUACAGGGGCCAUCACCCUUUUAUCAAAGCCACCAGUCUCCAGUGGCUCAGCAAGAGGCUCUUAGCCACCCUCCACACAAGUUCCAGUCUCCAGCAGUGUGCUCCUCAUCUGUGUGCUGCUCCCACUGCUCCCCAGUCUCACCUUCCCUCAAAGGCCAGGUCCCCCCACCCAGCAUGCACCCAGCCCACAGCUUUAGGCAGCCCUCUGAGAUGGUGCCCCAGCAGCUGGGGUCUCUGCAGUGCUCUGCCCUGCUGCCCAGGGAGAAAGAGCUGGCCUGCAGCCCUCAUCCACCAAAGCUGCUGCAGCCCUGGCUGGAAACCCAGCCCCCUAUGGAGCAGGAGAGCAUGCCCCAGCGGCUGGGGCAGCAGCUGACUUCCCAGCCUGUGUGUAUUGUCCCCCCACAGGAUGUUCAGCAAGGAGCCCAUGCCCACCCCACCUUACAGACACCCACUAUCCAACUCCAGUUUGGCCACCACCAGAAGCUGAAGCUCAGUCACAUUCAGCAGCAGCCACAGCAGCAGCUGCCACCUCCAACACCUCCCCUACCUCCCCAACAGCAGCCACCCCCACCUCCACCUCCAUCCCAGCAUCUGGCUUCUAGUCAGCAUGAGAGCCCUCCUGGGCCUGCCUGUUCUCAGAACGUGGACAUAAUGCAUCACAAGUUUGAGCUGGAGGAAAUGCAGAAGGACUUGGAGCUUCUUCUCCAGGCUCAACAGCCCAGCCUGCAACUGAGUCAGACCAAAUCUCCUCAGCAUCUGCAGCAAACCAUUGUGGGGCAGAUCAACUACAUUGUGAGGCAGCCAGCGCCUGUCCAGUCCCAGAGCCAGGAGGAGACCCUGCAGGCUACAGAUGAGCCUCCAGCAUCCGAGGUCUCAAAAUCGGCUCUCCCUCUUGACAAGAAUACUGCUGCUGCCUUGCCCCAGGUGUCUGGGGAAGAAGCCCCUCUCAGUGUCCCCCCAGUGGACAGCACCAUCCAGAACUCCUCUCCAAAUGUGGUGAGAAAGCACUCCACCUCGGUGAGCAUCAUGGGGUUUUCCAACACUCUGGAGAUGGAAUUGUCAUCUACCAGGUUGGAGAGGACCCUAGAGCCACAGAUCCAGAGUGCGAGCAGCCUGACAGCUGGCGCUUCCAAAGCAGUACCAAGCCUGCUGAGUGCUCCCCCCAAAACAGUGUCCAGCCUGACAAGUGUUCAAAACCAGGCCAUGCCCAGCCUGACAACCAGUCACCUACAGACUGUGCCCAGCCUUGUGCGUAGCACAUUCCAAUCCAUGCCCAACUUGCUGAGUGACUCCCCCCAGGCUAUGGCAAGCCUGGCAAGUGAUCACUCUCAGGCUGGGCCCAGCCUAGUGUCUGGUCACACCCAGGCUGUGCCAAGUCUGGCAACUUGUCCUCUGCAGAGCAUCCCUUCAGUGUCUGACAUGCAGCCAGAAACCGGGUCCAACUCUAGUUCUGGCCGAACUUCAGGGAGCCUGUGCCCUGGAGAUGGGGCUGAGCCCUCCCUGGGGAAUGCUCUGUGUAAGAUGGAAAGUGAGGAUUCCACUCGCUUCACUGACUCACUGGGACAAGGUCCCAUAGCCCCUGGUCUGGAUGCUCACAAGGACUUGGUCAUCCCCUCAGAACUGGAGGAGCCAAUUAACCUCUCUGUGAAGAAACCUCCACUGGCACCAGUGGUCAGCACAUCUCCAGCUCUGCAGCAGUGCCAGAACGUAAAAGAGUGUGAGAAUUUUGAACAAGGAACCCUAGAGCUGGAUGCAAAAGAGAACCAGAGCAUCAGAGCCUUCAAUAGCGAGCCUAAGAUUCCCUAUGUGCGACUAGAGCGACUCAAGAUCUGUGCUGGCUCCUCGGGAGAGAUGCCCGUGUUCAAGCUGAAGCCACAGAAGAAUGAUCAGGAUGGGAGCUUCCUGCUGAUCAUCGAGUGUGGCACUGAGUCCUCCAGCAUGUCCAUUAAGGUCAGCCAGGACAGACUGUCUGAGGCCACCCAGGCCCCAGGUCUGGGGGGAAGAAAGGUCACUGUCACUUCUCUGGCUGGGCAGCGGCCACCAGAAGUGGAGGGCACAUCUGAAGAACACAGACUCAUUCCUCGAACUCCAGGAGCCAAGAAGGGCCCCCCAGCCCCAAUAGAGAAUGAGGACUUCUGUGCUGUUUGCCUCAAUGGGGGAGAGUUACUGUGCUGUGACCGCUGCCCCAAAGUGUUCCAUCUGUCCUGCCAUGUGCCAGCCUUGCUCAGCUUUCCAGGGGGAGAGUGGGUGUGUACCUUGUGCCGCAGCCUGACCCAGCCCGAGAUGGAGUACGACUGUGAGAACGCCCGCUAUAACCAGCCUGGAAUGCGGGCAUCUCCUGGCCUAAGCACAUAUGACCAGAAGAAGUGUGAGAAGCUGGUAUUGUCCUUGUGCUGCAAUAACCUCAGCCUGCCCUUCCAUGAACCUGUCAGCCCCCUGGCCCGGCAUUAUUACCAGAUUAUCAAGAGGCCCAUGGACCUGUCAAUCAUCCGGAGGAAGCUGCAAAAGAAGGACCCGGCUCACUAUACCACCCCAGAGGAGGUGGUAUCGGAUGUGCACCUCAUGUUCUGGAACUGUGCUAAGUUCAAUUAUCCUGACUCAGAGGUUGCAGAGGCUGGCCGCUGCCUGGAAGUGUUCUUUGAGGGCUGGUUGAAGGAGAUCUACCCAGAGAAACGGUUUGCCCAGCCAAGGCAGGAGGACUCAGACUCCGAAGAGGUGUCUAGUGAGAGUGGACGCUCCACUCCCCAGGGCUUCCCAUGGCCUCCCUACGUGCAGGAAGGCAUCCAACCCAAGAGGCGGCGACGACAUAUGGAGAAUGAAAGAGCAAAGAAAAUGUCAUUUCGUCUGGCCAACAGCAUCCCCCAGGUGUGAGAGCCAGAAGGAGGCUGCGUACUCUGGCAGCUGUUGUCCCAGCCUGUCGACCAUUCCUUCCCAUCUUGCAGCUUAUCCUCUUCAGAAUGUGGGUGGUAGAUGAGUCUCAUUGAACUGUGUAGUGCUCUUCUUUGCCAUUUGCAUCUACAGCAUUUAUUUGGAAGCCGUAGUGCAUCCACUACAGAGAAGAUUUCAGUAAUAAACAGGAAAGAGGAAGG